AUGGCGACGACGUCCAAAAAGUACAAGGGACUGGUGCGCAGCAGAAACUACGUGGUGCAAUGCGUAGAGCGACUGGACCAAUACCUGCAAACUACGAAAGCCUUGAUUGAAUUAUCUAAGGAACUCAGCGACAUUCAAAAAUUCCACUAUUUGCGUGCUUCUCUGAAAGGCGAUGCUCUUAAGUUGAUAGAUUCUUAUGCGAUGAGUGAGGCUAAUUAUAGGGUUGCUUGGGAAAGUUUAGUCGACAGGUUUUCGAACAAAUAUCUCCUCAAAAAGCGACACUUGAAUGCCUUAUUCGGUUACACUCGGAUGAGGCGGGAAUCAGCGGCUGGUUUACACGAUCUUAUCGACUGUUUUGAACGUAACACGAAAAUUUUGGACCAAUUGGGAGAGAAAACGAACGGUUGGGGAGCCAUGCUGGUCCAGUUGAUGGUGUCGAAACUGGACGACGUCAUGCAGAAACUAUGGGAGGAAAAUGUUACACCGGACAAAGAGCCAUCUUUUGCGUCGUUGGUCGAAUUUCUCAAAAAGCAAACUAGAGUUUUGGAUGCGGUUUCGGUCGAUCAACAUAUGUUUUCAACGGCAACAUCGUUCAGUGGUAGCAAAUUCCGUCCCACUAAAGUUUCGGUCAACUCGGCGACCGAAAAUACGCCCUCAAACUGUUUCGCUUGCAGUGAGAAACAUUGGAUUACCAAGUGUGAAACGUUCGCCAGCCUACCGGUGGACAAACGGCUGCAGCUCACAAAUUCUAAGCGUCUCUGCAGCAACUGUCUGGGGCGAAAUCACUUGGCGCGAGAUUGUCCUUCCAAAUAUCGAUGCAAAACGUGCUCGAAAAAGCAUCAUUCGUUGCUGCAUCCUGGUUUUCCCGGUUCUGGUUCUACUUCUAAUCCUAAUUCAACUUCAGUAGCGAGCAACGUGAAUUCUUCUGUUCCACCUACAACCGGUGGUGCUCUGAACUCUGGUGAAUCGGUUUCUAGUUAG